AAAGCAACGGUUCUGUGUCAAAUUUGUCCUUUUGCCAUUGCAGAGGAUUCACAGAGCUUCAGCAAUUCUCCAGGCUUUACUAAGGAUGGCAAUUACAGACUUCCUUGCUGCCUCUGAUAUUCUGUCUGCCAUCAAUGCUUGCAAAGCUAAAGAUUCCUUUAGUCCAAAGACAUUUUUUGCAACUGUGGGUUUAUCCAAGAGGUCGCCACCAGAAAUAGAGAAGGUUUUUAAAAUACUGGACCAAGACAAGAGUGGUUUCAUUGAGCAUGAUGAGCUGCAAUUGUUCCUGCAGAACUUCUCAAAGGGGGCACGAGCCCUUACAGCCGCAGAGACGAAGGCAUUCCUUGUGGCUGGGGACAUGGAUGGGGAUGGAAAAAUUGGCUGGGAAGAAUUCUCUGCACUCGUCAAUGCUUCCUGAGGCCAGAGCUAACAAACAACACUGAAGGGGGAAAAAGCUGCUUAAUGUUAUGAAUUACUGACUAUGUAUUACUAUGAACUCAAGACAAAUCUUACAUACUCUUUAAGAUCCAUAAAUGUUGAAAUGAUCAACAAAUGAGGCCAAAUAUGUUGUACCAUUGUGUGUUAAAUGAUCCCACUGUUUCUUCCACUUGUUUAAACAAUAAAUAAAGUUAAUUC